AUGGUAGAACCCGGCUCAUUCGACUGGUACAGAGAAGAGCUACAGCGUGCUGCCGAUGAGCAUGUCUUUGGUGUUGCCACGGUUGGCAGAGUCAGGGAAUACACCGAGGACGAGAAGGAGAUCUUGGGACCAAGCGCCGAGGUCCCUGUAAAACUCUUGGAAGGAAACUCGAUCAUUGUGAGGCUUACACAACAAGGGUACUCAGUAGUGGGUAACUCGCGGCUUUAUACCACGCUGGACCACUUAUUUCGAGCGAUCAGUCCUAAAUGGAAUGAGAAGCGAGAAGAGGACUUAAUCGCUAUGCUGGAUAAGAUAGUGGCGGCGAACGACCGCGAUUAG